AUGUUGCUCUUCAUAACUCUACUUCUAACGGCGCUUAUGUGCAUCUACUUCUAUUUGGGCAGGAAUAGAAACUACUGGACGAAAAGAGGUGUACCAGGACCAACUCCUUGGUUGCUGCUAGGAAACUUUCCCAGUUUCGUCUUACAACAUCGACCAAUUGUAGAGGAUUUUCAUGCAAUUUACGAUAAAUACCGUAGUCAAAGCAACAUGGUUGGCGUUUUCAACUUCUGCCAACCUUCAUUGCUGGUGAUGAACGUCGCGAUGAUAAAAGAUAUGUUAUUCAACAACUUUAAACACUUCCACGACAACGAGUUUUCCGACACGUUUAAUAAAGAAAAUGAUCCAAUCUUCGGUCGCAAUCCAUUUCUGCUGCAGGGCGAUGAAUGGAAGGAAAAACGUGCUGAAAUAACGCCGGGAUUCACGUCUUCACGGAUGAAAGCACUUUUCCCCAUUGUGGAGCACGUGUCGCAACGAAUGAAGCAGUACAUCUCACUAAACUCCGUCGAAUGCCCGAUAGAAACUCGUGAACUGUGUGCAAAGUACACGACCGAUGUCGUAUCGAGCUGCAUCUUUGCAACGGACGCUCAAUCGUUCACCAACGAAAGGGCUGAAAUACGCGAGAUGGGCCGGAAGCUAAUGGAGCCAAAAUUUCUGUACAUAAUCACGUUCCUGUUGACCUUGUUGGUUCCUCCGCUCAAGAAGAUCAUUCCAAUACGCUUUGUUCCGAAAGCUACCGAGCAAUUCUUCACCAGGCUCAUGGAGAACGCGAUAGCAUACCGGGAGCAGAACAACGUCAAACGUCUCGAUUACCUCGAUCAUCUGAUCAGCCUGAGAGACAAAAAGCAUUUAACAUCGCUCGAUAUGGCCGCACACGGUGUAACUUUCUUCAUCGACGGUUUCGAAACGUCCAGCCUGGCGAUGUGUUUCGCGCUUUACGAACUGGCACGGCAUCCCGAACAUCAGAAGACGCUAAGGGAUGAACUAAUAGCCGCACGGAACAAGGACGGAUCGAUCGAUUACGACGUUCUACUAGAGCUUUCAUUCCUCGAUCAAGUGUUCUACGAAACCUUGCGGCUAUGGCCACCGGCUCCUUAUCUAUCGAAACUGUGUACGAUACCCACGGAACUCGAAGUGACUAACGGUAAGACAGUGCUGAUUGAGCGCGGUAUCCCGGUGAUGGUGCCUAUCUGGAGUAUGCAUCGUGAUGAGGAUAACUUUGAGGAACCGAACCGUUUCAAUCCAGACCGAUUCGCCCCGGAAGUCGGCGGCACCAAGCUGUAUCGGGAAAAGGGAUGCUUUCUGCCGUUUGGUGAAGGUCCACGUCAGUGCCUUGGUAUGCGGUUUGCGUUGAUGCAGGUUAAGCGUGGAAUUUUUGAGGUUAUUAGCAAGUACGAGAUCUCGCUCAACUGCAAAACGAUGCAACCGUUGCAGCUAGACCCAAAGGCAUUUCUUAUUACUCCACGUGGUGGAGUUUGGCUGGAUUUCAAAUCGAUCUAG